AUGGGCUCCGUCAUAGUCGAAGCCAUGGCGAGCAGCACACUUGCCGCAGAGGCCAAGAAGCUCCACCCCUUCUUCACAGCGCCAAGGGCUCUCCAGCAAGAUGCACCUGCCACCGAUCCAGACCCCGCCUCUGCCCACGCCAACCCUGUCAAUCCCCUUGACGCGGCCGAUGCUCUCGAGAAGGACAGUGACAUGGAAUCACCAGAGAGCAGUGCCCAUCAACGUAAACGUCGAAAGCCGGCAGAGGAUGUUGACGAGGACCUGGGAGACAACAAGAAGCCCAGACGGGCCAGGAAGAAGGCCAAUCCUCAGGCAGUCUCGAUAAUGAACCACUUUCCUCGAAUUGACGACGACGGCCACGCGACGACGGCCGACCAAGCCGCUACACUCCAGAGUGACACCACUUUACAAGCGAAUGCGAUAAACCCCCUUCACGAACUCCAUGCAAAUGGGGACCACGACGCAGUCACAACACCGGCGAGGCCCGAUCAAGAAUCCAAGGGAGACGAGCUCAACAAUACACCAAAGAAAGUACUGCGAUUCAAUCCUUCGACGGGAACCCUUGGGUCUCCGCCAAAGCCGAAGGACCCAAAAGCUACCCUGGAGCAAAAACAACCGGAAGUGGCAGUUGAAGAGAAGAAGGGCUUAAAGCCGAGGGGGAGAAAACGCCUGAUCAGGAUUGUUAAGAUCAGUUACGGUGCGGACGAAGAGUCAAGGCAUCGUGUUGGAACCAAGAUUGACGGAAUCCUGAGCAGUUCAGUGUCUGCUACCGCUAAGCUGAAGAAGCGAAUACCCCAAAGGGAAGCGAAGUGCCUACAAGAGGCUAGCACGGAGGCGAAAGGCGAGAUUCCGCAGAAAGACACGCACCCAUUCUUCACAGGAAAGCCCCAGAAGAUGGCAACAAGUUCUGGAUCAACAACUGCUACAGGCGUGAAGGCGCAAGAGAAACCUCCGCCCUCACCAAAGCGUCCGAGGAUCUUCAGUUCUACGCCCUGCUCCCCAAAGAAGCAGCGGCCUGCAGGUCCUAGCAAACCAUUGCCCCAGUUCGGCGUCAGGUCAUUGGGCUUGAAGACUCCAGGCGCGCGCUCUCCAGCCUGGCCUUGGAAGGACAUGGUUCACGUUAGAGGAGACGAUGAAGCCCUCGGCCGUCGAGAUCAGGUCACAUCAUCAAGAACAUUUCCUGCUCGGAAGUCCAAGGGCAAUACUACUCAUGUCCCUCCCCAGGAAAUGAUACUGGAAAGUUUUGCGGCAACGCUCCGCAUACCUCAGGCCCUUGACGCUGUCAAGAAUAUUGAUACAGAAGGCUUCCUCCCGCCGCCACGUGAACUUAGACUUCCACAUAAGCAUUUCGAAAGCGGACCGCGGCUUGAGAAACGUAUUCAACCCGAGCUUAAAAACAUCAAGCAUGCUGCCCUAGCAGGUCUGCGCACAUCACUGGCUACAUCUCUCUCAGCUUUUGACAAGUAUCAGUGUGAGUCUAUGGGUUGGGCGCAGAAGUACGCACCAAAAGCUGCCGUCGAAGUAUUGCAACACGGAAAGGAAGUCUUCCUCUUGCGGGAUUGGUUACAAGCUCUCAAAGUACAAGCGAUAGACACUGGAGAUGUGAAGUCAAAGCCGGCAAAGAGCGGACCUCCGAAGAAGAAGCGCAAGAAGAACAAGACCGACGACUUCAUUGUCGACAGUGACGAGGAAGCGAAUGAAAUGGAUGAAGUCUCCGACCCGGAGGAAGAGGAUUGGUCUCCUGACAGACGGGGAGGCAAGAGGACGGUCAUUCGAGCUGGCGACACCCAAGCCAAAGACUCCAAGGGCACAUCACGCUUGACAAAUACGGUCGUUCUCAGCGGCCCGCACGGUUGUGGCAAGACGGCUGCUGUGUACGCAAUUGCAAAGGAGCUGGAUUUUGAGGUGUUCGAGAUCAACCCAGGAAGCCGUAGAAAUGGCAAGGACGUUCUCGACAAGAUUGGAGAUAUGACGCGUAACCAUUUGGUCCAGCAUCAACAGACGGCGGGGCCCACCACUGAAUCCACAAUCAAUGAGGAAGACGUUGCGGAAGAUAUCAAGUCGGGGAAACAAGCCACGAUGGCUUCGUUCUUCAAACCGAAGCAGGCACCGAAACCUGCUCCAAAGAUUAAGAAGCCAGCUCCAAGGGAAGAGGUCGAGAAGCUGGAAGCGAAGAAAUCACCCAAGAAUCAGAAGCAGUCGCUGAUACUUCUAGACGAAAUUGAUGUCUUGUAUGAGGAGGACAAAAACUUUUGGAGCGCUGUUUUCGGACUCAUUGCACAGUCGAAGCGGCCUUUCAUUUUGACCUGCAAUGAUGAGAAGCUUGUUCCCUUCCAAGCUCUGAGUCUUCAUGGGAUAUUCCGCUUCAGCGCCCCGCCAACGGAUCUGGCCAUCGAUCGCUUGCUCAUGAUAGCCGCCUGCGAAGGUCAUGCUUUGCGACGGAGUGCAAUUUCCGCCUUGUUCGAGUCCCGCCAACAGGAUCUGCGUGCAUCCUUGACGGAACUGAACUAUUGGUGUCAGAUUGCUGUGGGUGACCGACGCAGCGGAGUCGAUUGGUACUAUCCACGCUACCCAAAGGGGUGUGAUAUCGAUGAGGAAGGGAACGUGAUUCGGGUUGUCAGCCAGGAUACGUACCUUGAGGGUAUGGGAUGGCUCGCACAUGACAUCCUCUCCGAGAUGGCUGACGCAGCAACGGCUGAGGACGAGCUGCUGCACGAAGCGUGGGACAAUUGGCAGAUGGACAUUGGCGACUGGCAAGACACGUUAAAUAUGCCUUCUUGGGCUUCCCAGCUAGCAACGUCAAGUCGUCAAGAACGAUUGGCCGUUCUGGAAACAUACGAUGAUUUCGUCGACGCAAUGGGCGUGGCGGAUCUGUGUUCUACCAUGGUCCUCGCAGAAUCGUACGAUGAGGCAGUCGACUGUACGCUGCCUGAAGUCACAGCGAAGGCUCGCGAGGACUACAUACUUGGCCGUCAGCUCCUCGACGCGCCAGUCAUGUCCACUUACGACCCUAUUGGAACCGCGCUGCCUAUAGCUCUGAAGAGUAUAGCCCGCAGAAAUCUAAGUUCGAGCUACCCAUCAUCAGAACUCGAAGCAGUUGACGAGGCCGGACUUACCUCCAAAAUACGCCAGCAUACGUGCCAGGCCUCUGAUACAGCAGCCCUCACACGCGACGACCUCAGCCUUGCCUUCGACCCUCUGGCCGCAUCCGAAAAGAGCAAUACAGCGUCAACCUCCCUCGAAGCCUCCAUCUUUGACAACGCGUUGUCACCCAUUGUCGAGGAUGUGGCACCGUACGUCCGGAGCAUCGUGGCGUUCGACAACGAGCUCCAGAAACAGCGCCUCAAGAUGAGCAACCUGCUAAGCAAGGGCGGAACCAAGAGGAUGCGCAACACGCGGGCGUCGCACGCGGCCCUUGAAGGCGGCUCCAGGACCCACACGCGUCCUGAGCGAUGGUUCAAGGCGGACUUGAAUGGGGUUUUCGUGAUGAGGACUGCCGGCGAGGGAUGGGCUGAGGCCCUAAAGGAGCUCACGGCCGAGGGAUCCGAGGCAGGGGAUUCGACGUCGAGCCGUGCCCAGGGGAGGGGGCGGAAUGUCGUACCUGAUGAUGAUGACUCGAGCGACGAGCUUGGGAAAAGUCCUUGCCGCGGUUUCGAUGGCUGUGCCCUAGACUGA